CGGCGACCGACCGCAAAGCCGACACUCUCGAGAUCAUCGCAGACAGCACAACCGACGAGCUGGGAUGUCUGUCUGCCUGUCAUGGGGGUGCUGCCGUCGUCAGGCCACUAACAACCUCAGGUGACUACUGCUAUUAGGGGGUUUCGUGUGGCCUUGUUCAAAUCGGCGACUGGACAGACAAGCCCAUCCCAGCCAGAUGGUACAAUUUAUUCCUUCCCCUAGAUUUCAAUCUUGGUGACUUAUCCCAUAUACGACCACCCGCUUAUUAGCCUCCCAGCCCCGCAAUCACAUAAAUACCUGCCCAAUCCACGUCCCUUUCUUUCCCCCCAACCCAACCCUCUCUGUGUUCGCAAUGUCCCCAGCAGCCAGCGUCCACCUCGAGUUCGAAUCAAAGCCAUCAUCGGUCGCUAGGCGCAGGCUGUCCAGCGCUACGGGGAAGAAACCCCUCGUACAGGCCUAUGCCAGCCUCACUCCCAUGUGGGCCGGUAUCGCCGGCACUGUCGUCAACGGCGGCAAAUCGUUCGAAGUGGCCAUCUCCGUUCACGACUCCGUCUACAACACCGACUUCUCUUCCACUGUCGUCUCAUACAGCCCCAACGAUCCAGCCAAGAACGCCGCCGACAUCGAGAACCACGUCAUUGAUAUCAUCAAGCGGUUCUCCCAGGAACACAUCUGCAAAUUCCUCGGCGCAGGUGUCACCCUCAGCCUCUUGAAGGAGUGUCCUAACCUUUGCACGCGCCUCUGGUUCGAGUUGGACAUCGUUCCCAUCGUGUUCAACAUCAAGGCUUUCCACACGGACUCACUCACACGUCCCAACGUCAAACAUCGCAUCUCGUCCACAACUGGCUCUUAUGUCCCUUCUGGUGCCGAAACACCCACAGUAUAUGUGGACCCCUCCCCUCUCAUGGACCAAAACACCCUGCAACCUGGCGUUACUAACAAGCUCCCGAUCCCUCGCACGCUCGAUGAGCAAGCCGAUUCGGCCGCACGCAAAUGUCUCAUGUACUACGGCCCCAAUAACAACCCACGCUUGACUAUCGGACCCCGCAACCAAGUCACCGUGGACGCCGGUGGAAAAAUCCACUUGAUCGACGACCUCGAUGUCUACAGAAAGUCAGUUGGAGAGCGCACCUGGAACGCCGUUAUCAAACUUGCCGACGAAAUGCGCGAGAAAAAGAUCAAAAUCGGGUUCUUUUCCUCCACACCCCAAGGAGGGGGGGUUGCUCUCAUGCGACAUGCGCUAAUUAGGUUCCUGUCCCUCCUAGACGUUGACGCCGCAUGGUACGUGCCUAAUCCAUCGCCGAGCGUCUUCCGCACCACAAAAAACAACCACAACAUUCUGCAAGGCGUCGCAGCUCCCGAUCUGCGCUUGACCCAGGAGGCCAAGGAUCAAUUCGAUGCAUGGAUUUUGAAGAAUGGUUUGAGAUGGACCGCUGAGGGCGGACCUCUUGCCCCCGGCGGUGUCGACAUCGCCUUCAUUGACGACCCGCAGAUGCCUGGUCUUAUCCCCCUCAUCAAGAAAGUCCGACCCGACCUCCCCAUUAUCUACCGUUCGCACAUUGAGAUCCGCAGCGAUCUCGUUCACCAAAAGGGAUCUCCCCAAGAAGAAGUCUGGGAGUACCUCUGGAAGAACAUCAAGCAGGCCGACUUGUUCAUCAGCCACCCCGUCAGCAAAUUUGUGCCUAGCGAUGUCCCGAUCGAGAAGUUAGCUCUGCUCGGCGCUGCCACGGAUUGGCUCGAUGGUCUCAACAAGCACCUCAACCCAUGGGAUUCACAAUACUACAUGGGAGAAUUCCGCAGCCUGUGUGUCAAAGAAAAGAUGAACGAGUUGAAGUGGCCCGCUCGCGACUACGUCGUUCAGGUUGCUCGUUUCGACCCCUCGAAAGGUAUCCCCAACGUCAUCGAUUCAUACGCUCGUUUCCGGAAGCUCUUGAAGUCCUCUGGCAAAGUGGCUAAUGAGGAUGAAAUGCCUCAGCUUUUGAUCUGUGGCCAUGGUGCCGUCGAUGACCCGGAUGCAAGCAUCAUAUACGACCAGGUCCUGAACUUGAUUCACUCGGACGACUAUAAGCAGUACGCCAAGGAUAUCGUUGUCAUGAGGCUGCCUCCCAGUGACCAGCUCCUGAACGCAUUGAUGGCCAAUGCCAAGAUUGCAAUGCAGUUGUCUCUGCGGGAGGGUUUCGAAGUCAAGGUAUCGGAGGCUCUCCAUGCCGGUAUCCCUGUGGUCGCUUCUCGCACAGGUGGUAUCCCUCUCCAGAUCGUGCAUGGCAAGUCUGGCUACCUCACCGAAGUUGGUGAUAACGAUGCCGUGGCCAAGCACCUAUUUGACCUCUACACGGACGAGGCAUUGUACAAGCAAGUGAGCGAGUACGCCGCUUCGCACGUUUCGGAUGAGGUUGGCACGGUCGGAAACGCGGCUGCUUGGUUGUACCUUGCAGUUAUGUACAACCGCGGGAUCAAGCUUCAGCCACACGGUGCGUGGUUGAACGACAUGCUCCGGGAGGAGACUGGGGAGCUGUAUGUGGAGGGCGAGCCGAGGCUGCCUAGAGGGGGAAUGAAACUUCAAGGAUAAAUAGAUUUCCCGCAACUACUCACUCACCAAUCAGUGUUCCUUGUCCUGUUGCUUCUGUCCCAUUUAUCCCGCUGUACUAUAUCAGCAACGACGUAGAAGGUAUUAGGUGGUGUUUCAGUAGAAAGAGAUUAUCUGCGUAUAUCGGAGUGGCUUGUAUACCUGUGUAUCCCUGCUGUAGAUGUUUGCUGUUGUGGCUCGUAGAAAGAACGAAAAGAAUUAGAAGGCUGUGUUUUGGACUGCUUUAAAG